UCGUGACGCCAUCAGGUUCAGCCCCAAACGGCUGUUCCUGAAGAAGCCCGUCUAUUUCAAAUACUUUUACUGCCGAGGUGAAAUUCUUUGUUACAUCGGUAAGGUAAUGUUUUUGUUCCACAAUUUGAAAGGAAGUAUUUCGUCUGAGUGACUAAUAAUAUUUUGGAAAGUUCUUAUCCCGGUUUUAUUUUUUGAUAUUGUGGAUCUAAUGAAACUCUGCCUGAGCUGUCAGACGACUCCAGAUGUAAUACGACGAAUGGCAUCUUUCUUAAUUCUGUAUCCAGUUUUAGUUGAUGGUUGUACCCCAUACGCCCUUUAGUGGAAUCUAGCAUUGGCUAUAAGGCAGCAGGAGAGUGAAGUGGUCAAGUUCAGCUGCUGUGAAGAAUGACUUCUAAGCACCAGUCGCUUUUCAGUAAAGGACCGCUUUACCUCUCGCCAAAUGAUCUCCAGCAGCAUGGCAAGAAAGAAAGAGCAUCUCAGCUGGGUGUUUCUUCUAAAAUGAACAGUUCAUUUAACCUGAAUAAGUCCUACCCAAGGAUAAACAGGCAUUCCAACAGGAGAGGAGAAAGUCCUCUCAAACUCUGGAGAACUGAUGCAUUCAAAGGAGAUGAACUCAACUCAUACUGCUACAGUUUCUUGGCUACUCGGAGUUUUAAGCACAUGGAUCACCACAGCUCUCCGAACCAAUCAAGUUCUUUUGCUUGGUCCAGUUCAUCUUGCAGUGCCUCAGAUAGCUCAUUGUUGGGCUUUUUCACAAGGCACAACUGCAGUAGUCCUGUCCAGUCUACUAUACACAGUCCUAAUAGUGCUGUCCUUACCAUAGAUGCUAAAUCAACAAAGAUCUUGAUUGCAAAUGACGUUGCUUGUAAGCUUUUUGGCUACUGUAGCCAAGAACUAAUUGGUCAGAAGUUGUCACAACUGAUAGCAGUGUCCAAUGAAAAUUUUGAAGAAGCAAUUGGCAAGGAGUAUCUGAAGGCCAAUGGAAAUGUGGUGAUGAUUUCAGGAAAAGUGGUGGACAUUGUUAACAAGAAUGGAGGUCUAGUCCCAGUGUCAGUCUGGAUGAAGAGGAUGAACAAUAAAAGUGGACAAUGCUGUGUUGUUGUCAUGGAUCCAGUAGAGAAAGUUACAGCUUCUUUCACCUUUACAGAUGAUGGAAGAAUUAUUGACUGUGAUCUUACAUUUGCUCAACUUCAUGGAUAUUCAUCAGUGCAGGAGAUAUUUGGACUCUCGAUUUGUGAUCUUAUCCCUUCUCUUCAGAUCCCUUCUCAGACUGAGAAUGUGCAAAAGAAUUCAGUGGUUCAACAAGUGGUUGGUCGAACUAGGUAUGGGAUCACCUUUCCACUCAGCAUCAGUGUGAAUGCAAGAUCAGCUACGUCAGAAACAUUAUCGGAAAAGACAUCACAGAGAACGCUCCCUGUAGGUGGCAAGAAAGACACAGGUGAAGGUCAAAGAGUGCAGGAUUUGGGAAGAAUCUACAAGGCAGCUGUCUGCAUUUUUACAGCCAUCAGUGGACUGCUAACCCUGCACUGCGAUGGAACAAUCCAUAGUGUCAAUAAUAACUUUUCUCUGAUGCUUUUUGGUUAUGAAAGCAAAGAGUUGCAAGGAAAGAACAUCACAUUUCUGAUCCCUGGUUUCUUUGACUACAUGGACUAUGGAGAUGACCCGUCAGUUCUGCAUCCUUCACUUAACAAUAGUGAGGAGGAUGCCGGGGUACUUUGUGAUAAUGAAAAUGAAAUUGCUAGACAACAGAACUGUUUCUCUUCCUCCAGUAGUAAAAGAGAUUCUGGUCUUCUGCCUUCUGAUGAUUUAGUUGUGAUGCAAGAAGACAAAAAUAAGGCUGACAGUCCAGAAAUGUGCAUUUUCACUGGGACAGACAUGACAGCUGAGAGGAAUGGGGGCAAUCUGCCCUGUACAAAGUCCUUCCCUACAGAAUCAGUAAAUCAGUUUAAUAUGUCAAAGAAUACUUCCAGUGGUGGUUAUCUUCAACAAAAUGGUAUUUGUUUUCCUGAAGCAACUCAGAAUGCAUUUGCUGCUGAGUCAGAGUUCAUGAAUACAGAUUACUUGCUUCAAGUACCAGUCUUGGAAGAGUCGUCAAGCCAUUUCUUCCCAAAUACCUCAGGCCUCAAUGUAGACCACUGUCCUGUACAGAAGCAAAUUGAGGAUUUGACUCUGAAACAGACCUCGGGAAUACAGAUGUCCACACCUUUAAAUAAUGCCCUAAGAAAUGGGCAUUCAGCAUGUAUAGCUUCUAUUGAUGAGAACUGCUGCUGUAAUGGGGCAUAUAGUAGCCCAGGAACACCAACUGUAGAUGAGCCGCAGGGCUUCAAGUGUGAGUUUUGUAUUCGUGAUAAAACUGUUCUGGGUUUAGGCAGUGAAACGGGUAAUGGAAACAGGGAUCAAGUAAACAGCUGCUUGCCUGAUGGCUUAGUAUCACUAAGUGCAUCUUCUGUGAAUGUAUUGUGGCAGCAAAAUCAGCCAUGCCAUCACACUUCAGAACUGCAAACAUGUAGAAGCAGUGAACAAACCUCUGAUGAUAGUUUUGUUCAUAGUGUUAUAACAUCUAGCUUUGAACUUCUGAGACCAGAAAAGACCCAUAUCGAUGAACCCAGUCUGCCAUCACAUCUGAACACAAGUGUAUCAGAACCUUCUAACAACUGCGCUUUAAGUGCACGUUCCAUGCCUCAAGACUUAAGUAGCUUUUUUGGACUUCACCAAACAAGUGAAGAUGUUGAUAUAAUUUCUUCCAAUAUGAAAGAACUCAUCCUCAACAGCACUGCUGAAUUACUUUCUGGUGAUUUUUCUGGAACUUCGUGUGAUACUUCAGAGCUUUUGAGGACUUCACCAUUUGUGAAUGACUUGAAUGUUGGCACUGAUUGUAUUGGAGACCAGAAGUUUGAUGACCUCGUACCUGUGUCAAGAAACACACAAGCAUGCAGUACUGAUUCAUCUUACAGUAGUCACAGUGGACGGAUUACAAGUCAAUAUAUAGGGCAGCCUGAGCAAGACCCACUUGAAGCAACAGGAAAGUCAACAGAAGCAAAAUUGCAUGGGCUUAAUCGGAGCUGUUUGCUGUUUCAUAAAACUCUAGAUGGUGCACCAUUACUCAGGCACUGGGAGGUGAAACAAGAUAGCAGUGAACUUGUGAAACAAAGGUCUGCUCACAAAACCUCAACACCUGUGAAAGAAGCACUUAGAUGUUGCCAGCAUGUGUUAACAAAUGCCGACAUUAAAGAGGGGACAUAUGCUGGCAAUUGCUACCACAGGGAUGGCUCAAGACUAAGUAUUUUGUAUGAGAUUAAAAGAGUAGUGCUACUGGAUGGACAGAGCCUAUUUUGUGUCUGGGUCGUGAAGGACCAUGUUCAGAGCCAGAAAGAGGCUGUAAUGAAAACUUUGUUCCUCGUAUCCAGUUUAAACAGCUCCUUUGAGUCUCAAGCAGAACAGUCGGCCAUUAGUCUGGGAGAGGCUGUAAGAAGUGCAGCUCAGGCCAAUGUUUCAGGAGUGCCCGAGGAGCUAGAAAAGUGGCGGGCUUGUGAAGGAGAAUACUCAAAACAGUAUACUACAGUGAGCCCCUUGGGAAAUGGAGCAUAUGGGUUUGUCUGGAAAGCCCUGCAUAAAGAAGAUGAAACAGAGGUUGUGGUGAAAUUUAUUAAGAAAAAGAAGAUUUUGGAAGAGCGUUGGGUGCAUGAUGUCAAACUGGGCAGAGUGAGCUUGGAGAUUUCUAUACUGUCUAAACUAAACCAUCCCAGUGUUGUGAAGGUUCUGGAUGUCUUUGAGAAUGCAGACUUCUUUCAGCUAGUGAUGGAGAAGCAUGGUACAGGGCUUGACCUCUUUGAAUUCAUAGACAGUGAGCCUAACCUUGAUGAACCCCUGGCAAGUUACAUAUUUAGACAGCUGGUGGCUGCAGUAGAUUAUCUACGCAGUAAGGGCAUCUUGCAUCGGGACAUCAAAGAUGAAAACAUUGUAAUUGCUGAAGAUUUUCACAUCAAACUAAUAGAUUUUGGCUCUGCUGUCUAUACAGCUCCUGGCAAAUUAUUUCAUACAUUCUGUGGAACAGUAGAAUAUUGCUCUCCAGAAGUACUCAUGGGGAAUCCUUACCAAGGCCCUGAACUUGAGAUGUGGACUCUUGGAGUAACCCUUUAUAUCCUGGUAUUCGGGGAGAAUCCAUUUUGUGAAGUGGAGGAAACUAUGGAGGCUGUACUGAAACCGCCAUUUAAUGUAUCUGAAGAUCUUAUGACAUUGGUCUCAUGGCUGUUGUGUCCAGAUCCGCAGAAAAGGAUGACCUUAGAUGAACUCAUUAAAGACCCAUGGGUGAUGCAGCCUGUUAACCUGGCAGAAUAUACGUGGGAAGAAGUUUACCUUGCUGCUCGUCAUGAGUAUGCAUCCUUAAGGAAUCCCUCUAGAUACAUUAAGGAAGAAAAUGAUCAGUGUGCUUCUCCCGCAAAGCGCUCACUUUUUCAAGAAAACAGAACUGUCAGUGGAGGACUAUGUGCAAACCUUUCCAGUAUGCAGAGCCAGGAUGAAGAUGGGAGUUAUGAGCUGGAUGUUUCUGAUGCUGCCCUGGAGAAUGAGCUAUUGAAAUACCUGACUAAUGGGGACUAGAUGGCACAGUUUGACAGCAGGCUGUUAACUGUGUGAAAUCACCUUGUUUCAGUGCACAUAAGCUAAUCACUUCUUACAGUCAUCAGAAAACAAAAGCUUGUUCUCGUGUUAGGAUUCCUUAUAAAUCUGAGCAUAUUUUGAGGUCUUAGUUUAGGCACUUAAGUAUACUGAACAUAAAUCACACCUAGAACAGAGUUGCCAAAAAUAAAUCUUGUCAUUGCAUGACUUGCAGACAUUCCUCUAAUAAUCUAAAUUCAGGCAACCCUUGAAAUGUAUGAUUGUUGAACUGCUGCUGGGUGCUUUCAUUAGGCAGAGCUGACAGUAGCAGAUGCUUGGAGCUACGCAGAGAGUAGGGGAUGAUUUCUAUGCUCCUGUCUGGCCUUUCUGCAUACUUAAUAGCUGCUCAGUUGUUAAGGCUGACAGUCACUAUCCCAUUUAUUUUUCAAAGACCUUGUUUGCAAGGUUGUACUUUUUCUUGAAAAAUUCAUUACAUACAUUUCCUAAUAUUGAGAUACAUUGAAAGAAACACAUUAAUAUCAACAUUGUUCAUAGUUGAUGCUGCUUCCUAAGAUGACUAAGGCUGCUGUUACCACAAGCUACAUUUUCCCAUCUGUUUCCUAGGUGGCCAUAUAGUAAGUUUAGAGCAGAAGUCAUGAGUUCAGAUAUUUAUACUAGACUGUGAUUAAGUUAACGUGUUAACACAAACUGGGUAACCUUACCACAUUAUUUCUGCAAUUAAAUGGCUUACUUAAAUAGAAAGUAUAACCUUACAGUGAUGUGAGUCAUAAUAAAUUCCAUGUAAGAAAAUCUUACUCAAGGGUUUAUAACAUACAGCAUGCUAACUAUUUUUGUUUCUUAAAUAUAUCACUGACACAAUAAGAUGUCUGCUGCUGUAAAGAUUAGACAUUCAUGUAACUACUUUAUGUCUGGCUAUGACACGACUUUCAUAAUCUCAUUCUGUACCUCUGAAAUACUACACUAUUGGUAAUCAUGAAAUAUUUCCUUCACUUUGACUUAAUGUAAGCAUUGUUACGUGAUAAACAUUAUCUGGUUACUGUUGCAUGGUUAAUGGUAACCUGGAGAAGUUGAACAGUUCUCUUGUAAUUAGUUUAAUCCUGAGUGAUACAUGGCAGUGGUGUAUGCAUGUGACUCUUUUGCAUUUCCAAGCUGAAAACUUUGCUGAUGUAGUCAAGUGGGAAUCAUUGGUGAACAAAAACACUAUAUAGUAUGGUUUAUUUAUUUUCCCUUCGAAUUGGCAAUUUAGUCCAUAUUUUCUUUUGUAAAUGGAAAACCUAUGAGGCUAUAACUCACAAGCAUUCAUUCGUUGGAGCCUUAACUCCCACAUUACUUGCAGUAUAAUCUGUUGUCUCUCCUUGAUCUCUUUUCACGAAUGAAAGCAACAGAUGAGUAGAACUAAAGAAGUUGUAAAAUGUAUAAGAAGGAACAAUAAAUUGCACUUUUUAAUAUGAACUAAUUAUUGUUUUUAGCAAUUACUGUAAUAAAGUACAGUAUGAAAGCCUGCAAGUGGAGUGGUGUUGAA